CUCAGCUAGCUCCGCCCGUUAGCGUCUCCUCAGCCCUCAUUCAAAACAGAACACAGCUGUUGCGAGGCGCAUCGUCGUGUCCUGGUCGUUAGCCUAAAAACUGAUAGCUGCUGUCUGCUGCUGUGUGUUUCUGAUGUACCAACUGGAAUACCAGAAGGACAAGAAAGACAGGGACGUACUUCGACAGCAGGAGCCAGCCUCAGAGGAAGACAGGACUCAAUAGACAAAAGCAGCAAUAAAGAACAACAGGCUAACAUCACAUCCAACAAUAUGCGCAUCUGACACACAACUGAGGGCCGGGCGGGCUUUGCUGCAGCUGAGGAUGAUGAAUGGUCUCGUUCGCUAGAGCUAGAUGGUGUGGGAAUGAUGAACCUCCAUAAUGGCCAGUCAAUCAUCACCACCACGGCUGCAUCAGUCUCUGAGAAGAGCAGCAGCUCAGAGUCUCUCAGCGAUCAGGGUUCCUCAGACCUGAAGAAGAGUUUCGAUGCUGUUGUGUUCGAUGUACUGAAGGUCACCCCCGAAGAAUAUGCAGGCCAGAUUACGCUCAUGGAUGCUCCUGUGUUCAAAGCCAUCCAGCCAGAGGAGCUGUCAAGCUGCGGCUGGAACAAGAAGGAGAAGCACAGCUCUUCUCCAAAUGUUGUGGCCUUUACUCGCAGGUUCAACCAGACAAGUUUCUGGGUGGUACGUGAGAUCCUCCAUGCGCAGACGUUGAAGAUCAGGGCUGAGGUGCUGAGUCUGUAUAUUCGCACUGCCAAGAAACUGUGUGACAUGAACAACCUCCAUGCGGUCAUGGCUGUGGUGUCAGCGUUACAAAGUGCCCCCAUCUUCAGGCUUACCAAAACAUGGGCGUUACUGAGUCGGAAAGACAAGGCAACUUUUGAUCGGCUCGACUACCUGAUGUCCAAAGAAGACAACUAUAAACGUCUGAGAGACUUCAUAAGCAGCCAGAGCAUGGUCUCUUGUAUACCAUACCUAGGGAUGUACCUGUCCGAUCUGACAUAUGUAGACUCAGCCUAUCCCUCCACGGGAAGCAUACUGGAGAACGAGCAGAGAUCAAACCUGAUGAACAACAUCCUCAGAAUCCUAUCGGACCUGCAGAGAUCCGUUACCUACGAUGUACAACUGUUGACUCAUGUACAGAAGUAUCUGAACUCAGUCAGGUACAUCGAAGAGCUGCAGAAGUUUGUAGAAGACGACAAUUACAAGUUGUCACAAAAGAUUGAGCCUGGCACCAGCACACCACGAGCAAGUGCCACCAAAGAGGAUAUUGUCGGCCAUGAAGCGUCAGCAUCUCCUCUCUGUGGCCGUAAAUGUACGAUAGCAGCUGAAGGAACCAAAGUCCCAGCCACGCCGCCCUCCCCCAGGAACCUCCUGCCCUACGGACACAGGAAGUGCCACAGCCUGGGCUACAAUUUUAUCCAUAAGAUGAAUACAGUAGAGUUUAAAAGUGCUACGUUCCCCAACGCUGGGUCUCGCCACCUGUUGGACGAUAGUGUGAUGGAGAGCCACAGUCCCACCAGAGUACAUGCCGAGAGCUCAACUCUCUCCAGUGGUAUUUCACUUGGGAGCAGUGAGGGCUCUGAGCUCAGUGAAGAGGUUUCUUGGCCGGCUUUUGAGAGGACUCGGUUCUAUCACUCUCUGGGCCCAGUGACCCGUGUGGCCCGCAUCACCUACAGAGGAGUCCUGAGGCCCAGCAGCUCAGCGGAGUCAGAGGAGCUUGCUGUUCACCUUUACCCCGGAGCAGUCACAGUGCAGGGGGUGUUGAGACGGAAGACUGUGCUCAAGGAGGGCAAGAAACCAACAGUGGCGUCAUGGACCAAAUACUGGGUCGCUCUCUGUGGGACCCAGCUCUACUACUACACUGCCAAGUCCCUGAAGGCCACAGAAAGAAAACAUUUCAAGUCGACGUCCAGUAAGAGCGUGUGUAUCGUGGGUCUAAUGGCCAUGAUGGCGGACGAUCCAGAGCAUCCUGAUGUCUUCUUGCUGACAGACUCUGAGCAUGGUAACACCUACAAGUACCAAGCAGGGAACCGAAUGAACGCUUUGCUGUGGUUCAAACAUCUGAGUGCUGCCUGUCAGAGCAACAGGCAACAGGUGCCUGCCAAUCUGAUGUCCUUCGAGUGACGGAUCCUGAGUGUGACUGAGCAAAGUGAGGGAAGGAUGAAGAAACGGAGGAGGAGGAUGAGGAGGAUGAGGAGGAGGAUGAUGAGGAGGAUGAUGAGGAUGAGGAUGAUUGACUCAGUGGGAGCUUUCACUGCCAUGAGCCCUGACCGCCGAUUCUCCAAUUCUAGCCCAGCCUCACUGCAGCCUCGCCUGCCACCACUGCCUUAACGUGUGUGUGUGUGUGUGUGUGUGUGUGUGUGUGUGUGUGUGUGUGUGUGUGGGUGUGUGUGA